AUGACAACGGAAAGAUCUAAGACUUCAUUGUUUACCACUGUCAUUCCAGAUGGUAUAGGUGUCCAGAGGAAUGGAUUAAAUAAUUGUGGUGUUUGGGUGGCAAAGUGGAUGAUGGAAAUGGGCAAGAAUGGAUAUAGAAUUGAGGCCUGUUGCAGCCACAACUCUGUAAUAAACUCCUCUCAGCUUUCAUUUGACUAUUUCCUUGUGUGUUUUGACCUUACCAGUGUGUUUUCAUCUUUUAACACAGGUAUGCCAGGAUUGACGGCAUUUGCAGGUCUCUUUGAAGUGGGCUCUCCCAAGAAAGGAGAGAAUGUGUUUGUUUCAGCAGCCUCUGGUGCAGUUGGUCAACUUGUUGGCCAAUUUGCUAAACUUACAGGUUGUUAUGUUGUGGGAAGUGCUGGAACUAAAGGAAAGGUUGAUCUAUUGAAGAAUAAAUUUGGGUUUGAUGGAGGUUUUAACUACAAGGAAGAGCCUGACCUAGAUAAAGCUUUGAAAAGGCACUUUCCAGAAGGCAUUGACAUUUACUUUGAGAAUGUUGGGGGCAAGACACUCGAUGUUGUACUCCUGAAUAUGAGAGUCCACGGUCGCAUCCCUGUCUGUGGAAUGAUUUCACAGUAUAAUCUUGCUCAACAGGAAGGUGUACAAAAUUUGGCACACCUCAUAUAUAAGCGGAUUCGCAUGCAAGGGUUUAUGUUCAGUGAUUUCUAUCACCUAUAUCCCAAAUUCUUGGAGUUUGUCCUGCCUCAUAUCAGAGAGGAAAAAAUUGUGUAUGUGGAAGACAUAGCGGAGGGUCUUGAGAUUGGUCCUGCAGCUGUGGUUGGCCUUUUUAGUGGUCGCAAUGUUGGAAAACAAGUGCUUGUUGUUGCUCGUGAAUGAAAAUCUUUUCUGGCAUUAUUAUGGUAUCAGAUUUUGUUCUGAAUUCUUAUUGAAAAUUUAGCAGUCUUGAUAUCAUCUUUUGUGAUCAUCUUUCUGAACUGUAUG